CAAAGAAAAGGUCAUUUCAAUGAAAAAUAAUGUUGAUGUGGAUAGAAGAAGCCUUGCCAUUGAGAAGGAGAAGAUAGAACAAUUGAAGUCUGACCUUAAAAUCUGGGAAGAUCACUUAUUGACAAACACACAAUCACUAGAAACCAAAAAGACCCUUCUCCAGGAGGUGAAUGAGAAGAAACUUGAAAACAUUUACAAGAAAGUACUCAGAUUCAAAGCCAACAAGGAUGACAUGCAGAAAGUGUCGCUUGCAUUGAAGAAAACUCAAGAAAACCUUGAUCAAAUGAUUGACCACAUAUUAAAACAUAACAAACUGUUGCAGAGGGAAAGGAUCAAGCUGGAUAGUCUGUUGUCAAGCAUGGUGAAACAAAAAGAAGAUCUUGAGGAGAAGAGGGAACAAGUAGAAGCUGCUGUGGAAAGAGUCAGCAAAGACAGAGAAAAGGUAAUUUCAAUGAAUAAUAAUGUUGACACGGAUUUAAGAAGACUUGCCAUUGAGAAGAAGAACGUGGAACAACUGCGGUCUGACCUUAAUGUCUGGGAAGAUCACCUAAUGACAAAGACACAAUCACUAAAAACAAAAAAUAAGCUUCUCCAGGAGGUGAAUGAGAAGAAACCUGAAAACAUUUUCAAGAAAGUACUCGAAUUCGAAGCCAACAAGGAUGACAUACAGAAAGUGUCUCUUGCGUUGAAGAACUCGCUUAAAAGCCUUGAUCCAACGAUUGACCACGUAUUAAAACAAAACAAACUUUUGCACGGGGAAAGGAUCAAGCUGGAUAGUCUGUUGUCAAGCAUAAUGAAACAAAAAGAAGAUCUUGAGGAGAAGCGGAAACAUGUUGAAGCUGCGUUGGAGAGAGUCAGCAACGACAAGGAAAAAGUCAUUUCAAUGAAAAAUAAUGUUUAUGCGGACAGAAGAAGCCUUGCCAUAGAGAAGGAGAAGAUGGAACAACUGCAGUCUUACCUAAAAGUGUGGGAAGAUCACUUAUUGACAAACACAGAGUCACUAGAAACAAAAAAGAGACAUCUCCAGGUGGUAAAUGAGAAAAAACUUGAAAACCUUUCCAAGAAAGUACUCAAAUUCGAAGCCAACAAGGAUGACAUGCAGAAAGUGUCGCUUGCGUUGAAGAACACGCGUGCAAGCCUUGAUCAAACGGCAGACCAAGUAUUAAAACAUAAACUAUUCCAGAGAGAAAGGAGCAAACUCGAUAGUUUGUUGUCAAGCAUGGUGAAACAAAAAGAACUGGAGGAGAAGAGGGAACAUCUUGAAGCUGCUGUUGAGAGAUUCAGCAAUGUGAGGGAAAAGGUCAUAUCAAUGAAGAAUUAUGUUGAUGCGGAUCGAAUAAGACUUGCCAUUGAGAAGGAGAAGUUGGAACAACUGCGGUCUGACCUUAAAGUCUGGGAAUAUAAUUUAAUGACUAACAGACAAUCACUAGAAACAGCAAAGGCCGAUCUCCACGGGUUGCAUGAGAAGAAUCUUGAAAACAUUUUUAUGGAAGGACUCAAAUUAGAAGCCAACAAGGAUGGCGUGGAUCAAGUGUUGCUUGCGUUGAAGAACACACAUUCAGGCUUUGAUCAAACGACAGACCGAGUAUUAAAUCAUCACAAACUGUUGCAGAGGGAAAGGAUCAAGCUGGAUGUUCUACUGUCAUGCAUAGUGGAAAAACAUGAGGAAGAAAACCCAAAUGUAAAACUCUUAAUUGAAAAAGAAUACCUUCAGAAUCUGAAGAGCAUGAUCAAACAACAAAAAGAGUGCCUGCUUGGAUCCAAGGACAUUUUUUGCAAAGAAAUACUGGCGUUGCAUUUCAUCAAGUUUGAUAUGAGACGAGAAAUGGUUAUGCUUGAAAAGAAUAUUCACAUGUUUAAAAACAAAUACUCCAAGGUUGAAAUAACAGAAAAUGACUUUAGGAACUGUAAAGUAGAAAUUGAUACGUUACUUCAAGGGAUAAAGAAAGAAUCAAAGAGCAUUUCUGAGCUAAAUGUUCAGGUUCAAAUUCAAAUUGAUGACCUGCAAAACGGUAAAUAUUUUCAACAGCAAAGGAAGAAUGUUUUGUUUGAAGCAAACAAUGACAUUUUACAGAAAUUGUUUGCAAACAAGGAUAAGAGAGCCGACAAAAUUACCCAAUACAAUGAUUUAAUCCAGGUUUGUUUUGACAAUUUAUUUUCACACAUUUUAAAUCAGAGAGAAGCUAUUGGAAACCAAAAUAUCACACUGAAAAAACUCCAUGCAGAGUCGAGACACUUUAAAAAAGUGUUGUUUCGGAAGAAUACAAUAAAGGACAAAAAGGACAAAGAAUAUUUAACUUGCUUAAAAACUAAGGAAGAAAGAAAAAACACUAUUGUUCAAAAGUUUAAUCACGAUAUUACCACGUGGAAAAGCUGGUUGGGUAUAAGGGCUCCAAUACAAGAGAAGAGACACAUUGAAAAUGUCAGUGAUGAUAUAAACAGUGUACAAAAACAAAUUUCUCCGAUACAACAAAGUGUUAAGUUUGAAAAAGAAAUCAUGAGGGAGAGGAUGCAAAUAAGAGUCCAACAGUCAGUCCCAGGAGUAGUUGAAUGCGCCAAGCUCGGCAAAGCAACAAAUGCCGGUGAAUUUCUUAAAUCAAAAUUAAAACGCUUAAAUCAAAGUCUAUAUGAUAACUUUCAAAAGAUUAUGCAUCAAUUGGCACACAAAAAUAAAUAUUGCCUCUAUUUGGGUAAAAUAAUGGAAGAUGUGUGUUAUGGACUUGAGCAGAAGCUACUGAUCAGUGGUUAUUAUAAGCUGAUAGAACAAAAGACCACCCAUCUCCUAAUGACAAAAUCAAACAAGGGAAUACAAACUGAGGUUCCAUUAAAAGAGUUUAGAAAAAUUUAUGAAAAUAUCAAUAAAGAGCACAAUAAAUCUGUUCUACAGAAUACAACAGUGAAGCAGACAGAACGAUUUGAAACAAAGUGCCUUGAAGAGGAUAAACAUCAUAAUAUAACAAGUCAAUUCAUGGAGUCAGAAAGAGAAUAUCGUCUAAUUGUAUCCGUCAGUGACAAAGUGGGUAAAGAACAGAAACAGGGGGUUUACACUCAGCCUGAAUCAUUUGUCAAAAAAGGUUUUCCCACAGUAAACAAUAUCUCGAAAAGAGAUUGCAUGCGAAAAAUUUGGAAGGAUACAAAUGUGCAAAAAAAGGAAAUUAAUCAGAUGAAAUAUACAGGGCAUGAGAUGAAAAAACACUUGGAGAAACAGCUAAAGGUAAUUACCAAUUUUGUUAAAACAUAUUGGAUACACAAAAAAAAUACAUUUGUCGAGAAGAAAACUUUAGAUCAAGGAUUUGGUAAGAUAUGGGGAAGUAAUUCAGAGAUAAACCAUAAAAUACAGGAUAAAAAGUAUUUUCACCUUGAGAAACUUAAAGUUGAGAUUCUCUGUGAUAUUGAGACCCUAACUGUCAAAAAGGAAAAUAGGAGCAGGGCACUGAAUACUUGCUCAUCAAAUACUCAGUUGGACAUGUCAGUAGAAAAUCAUAGUAGAUAAAGAGUUUAGGCUAGUGGAUUAUUAUUACAACUACUAUUUUCCUCAUGGCAGUUACUGUGUAUUUCCUGUGCAAAGUCAGGGAACUCAGGAUAUUUGUGCAUGUCCAGCUUGCUGAUUGUAAUUUACAAUCUUUUCAAAUGUGUUGAAAUGUCUAAUAUCAUCUAAAGAUUGUAAAUGCAUGUUAUGUCAAAACAGCUAGGGUUCAUUACUUGCAACUUUUUGAUUUUUGAUAGUAUUACAGUGCUGUGAAAGGUAUUGGCCCCCUUCCCAAAUUCUAAUAUUUUUGCAGUUUCCCCACUUAAAUGUUUAAGAUCAUGAAACAAAUGUAAAUAUCAGACAAAGAUACCCCAAGUAAACAUAAAAUGCUGUUUUCAAAUGGUGAUUGCCCUGUGGGGAAAAUGCCCCCCGCUUGCUAAAUCGUUAAUUAACUGUGACUAAUCACAUGUUUUGGUUCAUUUUUAAUGACCCCACGCAAGCCUGAUAAACUCUAGACCUGUUCAAUCAAGAAAUCACUUGAAUAGAAGCUGUUUGAAACACUUAAGUCGGCUAAAAGAUCUAAAAAAGCUCCAACAAAAUGCUACGAUCCAAAGAAAUUCAAGAACAAACGAGAAAAGGUAAUUUACAUCUAUCAGUCUUCAAAAGGUUACAAAGCCAUUUCUAAACCUUAUUAUACUCAAACGGAGUUAACAUGGACCAGUGGUGAACCUUCAUCACUGGUCCAAAAAAAAAAAAAAAAAAGAA